AUGACUGCCCUUCUCUGGACCUCGAUCUGUGACUUGGCCAAGAUGGCCGUCCUUUCGCGCCUGUCCAAUAUCGAGACGGGUGCACUGAUUGUGAUUGACCAGACAGAGGGGAGGAAAUACGUCUUUGGGCAGCCGAUUGAGGAUGGGGAAGAAGUUGACUGCCACUGUCACAACAAUGGGCGCAUCUCGUGUCUUGAAGGUCAUGAACCUCAUAUCGAGGUCAACGACAACGGCCUCACCCACGACGAAGAUUCAUCGCCCGCUGCUUCCCCCAACAACAACGACUCCUUGCCCACAGCAGGCGCCGACAACGCCCCCAAGACCACCAAUCUUCACAAACCCCCCACCACAACCCUCAUCAUCCGCUCCCUCACCGUCUACCCCCUCCUCCUCCUCCAAACAGACCACGGGUUUGCCUCGUCCUACCUCCUCUCUUACCUCGACGUGCGGCCCUCCCUCACUGCUUUCUUCCGCCUGUUCAUCCUGAACCGCGACACCCUCCACAACGGCACAACACUCCCCUCGCAAGUGCUCAACCGUCUCCUAGGAGGUGUCAAACAAGCCUGGGAUGUUGUGACCAAGUUGCUGGGGACACAAAAGGGGGAGUUGGCAAGGGCGAGGAGGGAUGUGAGGAGGCAUUAUGAUCUGGGGAAUGAGCUCUUCGCCGCAUUCUUAUCAAAGGAUAUGACGUAUUCGUGUCCCAUUUGGGAGGCGAACCCCCCUCUUGGGAGGGAGGAGACGUUGGAGGAAGCGCAGGACAGGAAAAUUAAACAUAUCAUAUCGCUUGCCCGGCUGAAACCGACUGACCACGUCUUGGAAAUUGGCUCUGGAUGGGGCAGCUUUGCGAUCACCGCCGCAAAAACUGUCGGGUGUCGGGUCACUUCUCUAACCCUCUCCCGCGAGCAGAAGGCUUGGACCGACCAAAAGAUCGCUGACGCAGAACUGGGGCAUUUGGUCGAGGUACUACUGAUGGAUUAUCGCGAGCUGGAACUGCCAGAGAGCGAGGAAGAGAGGUUUGACAAGGUCGUCUCAAUCGAGAUGAUCGAGGCGGUCGGGGAGAAGGGACUCAGGGGCUUCUUCGAGAGGGUGGAUGCGUUGGUGAAGCGGAGGGGCGGGAUUGUGGUGCUGCAGGGGAUUGUUAUGCCCGAGGGAAGGCAUGAAGAGUAUUCCAAAAGGGAGGACUUCAUCAACCGCUAUAUCUUCCCCGGCGGGUAUUUACCCUCGACGACGCAGCUCAUCAACCACAUUACUGCCGCAUCGACCGGGACGUUGAUCAUUGAGCGAAUCGAGAAUAUCGGAGGACACUACGCCCGUACCUUACGUCUCUGGAGGGAGCGGUUCCUGGCCAAUUUUGACAGCAAGAUCAAACCGGCGCUGACGAGGGAGAAUCCGAAUUGGACGGAGGGGGAUGUCGAGGUGUUCAGGAGAAAGUGGGAGUACUACUUCUCCUACUGCGAAGCAGGCUUCAUGACCAAGACCCUGGGCACGUGA